AUGAAACAACACAGACAAGGUCGGGCGUCGAAAAGUGUGCUUGAAAUUGAUUGCGCGUGUGAGAGCUAUGUCGACUGGCCAAUCCCAGUGACAGUUGCCAGCAAGGUCUCUCUUGGUCAACUCCGUAUCUCACUGGUUGCUGGCGAGGCCCGUCUGCGGUCUGCCCUCCGGUUCGUCUCGCCGUUUCCUAAUCAAGGACAUGCGCUAAGCAUUAGCAUGACUCAACAAUCUUCCUCUUUGGACAAUCAAAACUCAAUCAUCCUUCACAACGAUCACCCUCCAACACAAGAAACUCACGACACCGUCAGCGAAUCACCUUCUGGCCAUUCUCAGUCGGUAGAAGAAAUGCAAGGAAAGCUCCCUGGAUGA